AUGACGUCACAGAAGCGACUGCCACAGCACGACGAGGCGGAGAAACUCUGGCAGUCAACACCAGGUCUUCCGCAAGAUUGCGAAGAGCCCGUGCUCCCCCCCGAUCCGGGUCCCCGCCCCCCCCUAACCCCUGCCGAGGCCCUGCCGGGGCUGCGCACGGAGCCGAGGCUUCACUUGGGGGCGUGCCCCGGCCACGGAGGAUUCCAGGUGUUCUGGUGCCGCCCUUGCAGGACCUGGCUGUGCAGCGACUGCACUAUCGUGGACCCCCCGCGGGGCUCCUGUUCCGUCGUGUCCAUGAAGGUGGCGCUCGAGGACUUCCAGAGCGGGGGCCGGCCGGGGCAGCGGGCCCCCCGGGCCGCCUCCCUCAAAAAAGGGCACAGAGUUGAGCCAGUGCCGGGGGUUCCUCCAGCGCAGACGGGGUUUCUUAGUGCACUUCUCCGGGAGGAGGAGGCGCUGAAGAGCUCGCAGGAGGAGAACGCUCAGAGGAUGGACAAACUCACACGGUUAGAGGCCGGUCUGGCAGAGGACUGCGAGGUGCUGCCGGAGGGGCAGCAGCAGCUGGCAGCCUGGACGGGGCACGCUGGGAGGCCGUCGCCCACCGAAGGGACUGAAGCGACCCAGAAGGUGGCGCAGCUCCGGGAAUGCUUUGAGAAGCUGCAAGCGUCCUUCCACCUCCUGACGGCGCCAGGUUUCCUGCCUCCGCCCGCUGAAGGGCCGAGAGACCUUCCGGCCGAGUGCCAGAGCGUGUCAGACCUGCAGGCGGUGCUCGCCCUGGACGCCGACAUGUGCGGGCGCGGCCUGCUCCUGGAGCGCACGGAGGGGACCUUCGACUGGGAGGACAUGUGCCAGCUCCUGGGGCGCGAGAACGUGGAACACCUGGAGCAGGUGCUGGAGGGCGUCUACCUGGCCACCGUCAGGAGCCAGCGGAUCAGAGACUACAUAGUGGCCAAGAUCUGGAGCAUCCGCUUCCACAGUGGCCAGGGCAGGAGCGUUGUGCGCUACGGCCAAGGCCAGGGCGUGCACAAACUGCCUCGGGCCAGCGGCGUCUUCGUCGUGCACUCGGCGAGGCCCGUCAGCGCCCGCGUGCAGGGCGUCCUCGCCGGCAUCCCGUCCUUCGUGGAGUCCAGGUGUCGGCAGGACCUCGUGCGCGCCAUCGCCAGCAAGUACCCGAGGCUGCAGGACGUGACGCUGGAGGCGGAGACGUGGCCGGGGACAACCGUGCGCUCCGGGACGCUCCAGGUCAGGGGCAUCACGACCGACCUGGUGGCGCUGGACGCGGCCCUGAAGUCCGAGAAGGGCGUGGUCCGCUUUGGCCACUUCAGAGGCCGUUUCCAGAGCCUGACGGCCGUGCCGCUUAGCGAGGAGGACAUCCUGCCGAUGGAGCCCUUCCAGCAAGGCUCCUCCGUCAGAGGCUGGAGCUGGCCGGCCUAGCGGCGACGCAGCAGUCGGGGCGGGAGGUGUCCGAGCGGAUUGCCUUCUGCACCAGAGGCUGCUCGCCGCUGCGCAGACUGCGAUGCAUGCAGAGCACGUGCGUGCAUGCACACACGCACACACAUACAUGUGUGUGUGUGUGUAGUAAUUGUAUAUUUAUUUUAUGCGCAUGUUUUGCUACAUUCUGGUUUCAUUUUGUUAGUAUAUUUUAUAAGGUUUCACAUGUUGAUUGUAUUUUUUUAACAUCAUGUAAUAGUGUUUUAUAUCAUUAAUUUUUCUUCAUUUGUUAUAUGUCAAUCUGUUUCACAUUCAUUUUAUCUAUCUGCACUUGACUUUAUUGUGCACUAAUUUCUUUGUCUUAAAACUACAUAAAUAAACAUUAGCAACUUGA